AUGGAGAACGAAACGCAAGUGCGCCAGUUCCUCGGUACCAUAAAUUACUGUCGCAUGUUCAUGGGACCGGACUAUGCAGACGUUGCCCGGCCGCUGGUUGAUCUUUCGCGUAAAGACGUCAGUUUCGAAUGGACAGAGCUUCAUACGCAAGCGGUGCGGCAGCUCAAACAGCGCUUAAUCGAUUUCACUACAUUACAAGUCCAGACGACGAAACCCUUCGAGUUAUACACAGAUGCCUCUGGUUAUGCGAUCGGAGCAGUUCUCGAACAAGACGGUAAACCCCAUCGGCUUCCUCAGCCAAGUCAUGAACGCCACGCGCAACGGAGAUACUCGAUCUACGAUCAGGAACUCUUGGCGUUGGUCAUGGCACUGGACAAGUGGUCGCACUUGGUCCGGGUAUCCAAGGUAACGGCUUACACUGAUCAUCAAGCUCUCACCCAUCUCCAACGACUCCAAGCAUCGAAGCCUCUCCGCGGGCGCACCGCCCGGUGGCUAGACUUUCCUGCGGAGUUCCCGGAUUUGCACUUCACGUAUGUUCAAGGCGCGCGCAAUCAAGUUGCCGACGCCUUGUCUCGCCGUCCCGGCCUUCCUAACACCUGCUCACACGACACACCAUCGGUACCGCUGAUGCUCGCAAUAGGACAAGCGAGCGCGGCUCCCCGCUCCUGUGGUCGGCCUCCCAACUACUGA